AUGCAGCCGCCCAAAUCAGCCACCGCGGACCCGCGCUCCAUAACUCUCCUCUUCAAGAAGCACAAAACCACCGUCCUGCUCUCCCUCCCACCGCAGACACCUAUCACGACAGCAAAAGACGAGCUACUGGAAGCUUUAAAAUCGCGCAACGUGACAGAGAUCAACGGGCAAUUUGUGCCCUCGGAAUCUGCAUCGAUUGAAUUUGGAGUCCUGGUAGACCGCAGUGACGUAGAAAAAGGCUGGACCCUACUUUCCCUGCAGCACGGCAGUGCGACAAAAUCGAGCAAUGGAAAAAAGGAAUCGAAUGAGACGCUUUUCCAUGCUAAGCUCGAUAACGGGCAUAUUGUUGCCUUUCGCUUUCGCAGCCCGAGCGGUGAUUCACAAACCGAUGAGGUAGAGACAGAUGUUGAUUCAAAAGAUCCAGGAUGGGAUGUCGUCAUGCCGAAAUUCGACGACGACGACGAGGACGAAGAACAAUAA